AUGCCCCUCACAACCGGCUCCCUCCUCAACCCGCAGGCGCAGGAGUUCGCGAAAUUCCCCAGCAGACGCAGCGUCGUCCACAGCACCAAGGGAAUCGUCUCGUGCACUCAGCCGCUCGCCGCGAAAUGCGGUAUUGAAAUCCUUCAAGCUGGCGGCAACGCCGCGGACGCCGCUGUCGCUGUAGCCGCCGGUCUCAACAUGACCGAGCCGUGCUCAACCGGCAUCGGCGGCGACAUGUUCAUCCUCUUCUACGACGCCAAGACGGGCAAGGUCUCCGCCAUGAACGGCUCCGGCCGCUCGGCCAAGAACGCCACCCUCGAGACCAUCCGCAAGGACCUCGGCCUGGCCGAGGGCCAGGACGGCAAGAUCCCCAUGAAGAGCGUCCACGCCGUCACCGUCCCCGGCGCGGCCGCCGGCUGGGUCGACACCAUCGAGCGCUUCGGCAGCGGCAACGUCACGGUCGAGCGCGUCCUCGCGCCCGCCAUCGAGCUGGGCGAGAAGGGCUUCCCCGUUUCCGAGCUCACGAGUUCUUACUGGAAUCAAGCCGAGGCGCAAAUCAGGGCUGCCUCGCCCAACUUCGCCGAGAUGCUCAAGAAGGACCCCAAGGCCGCGGACGGCGUCAGGGCUCCUAACCCGGGUGAGAUCAUGAAGAACCCCACCCUGGCGCAGACCUACCGCACGCUGGCCAAGGAGGGCAAGAAGGGCUUCUACACGGGCCGCAUCGCUGAGGAGCUCGUCAAGGUUGUCAAGGACCUCGGCGGCCACCUAGAGCUCGAAGACCUGGCCAACCACCUCGAACUCGGCAGCGAGCCCGUGGACCCCAUCUCUCUCAAGUUCAAGCCCGUCCUCAAGAACCAGCAGCAGGCGAACGGUAAUAGCGACGUCGCCAAUGCCGGCGUCGAGCUCUGGGAGCACCCACCCAACGGCCAGGGUAUUGUCGCCCUCAUGGCUCUCGGCAUUCUCCAGGAGCUGCAGGCCUCUGGUGCCGUCCCGGCCUGGUCCGCCGAGGACCACAACACGGCACCUUACCUACACGCCAUCAUCGAGGCCCUCCGCCUCGGCUUCACCGAUGCCAGCUGGUACGUGACCGACCCCAACGUCGUCAACGUCCCCUCCGCGGGCCUCAUCUCGCGCGAGUACCUCGCCGAGCGCGCCAAGCUGUUCGACGCGAGCAAAGCAGCGACAAAGCUGCACCCGGGCGAGCCGCCCAAGUUCGUCUCGCCCGCGCUGAGCAGCAGCGACACCGUCUACUUCACCGUCUCCGACGCCCACGGGAACGCGGCGUCCUUCAUCAACAGCAACUACGGCGGCUUCGGCACCUGCAUCAUCCCCAAGGGCUGCGGCUUCACGCUGCAGAACCGCGGCGCCAACUUCAGCCUCGACCCGGAGCACCCCAACAAGCUGGCCCCCCGCAAGCGCCCGUACCACACCAUCAUCCCGGGCAUGGUGACGAACCAGGCCGACGGGUCGUUGCACAGCGCCUUCGGCGUCAUGGGCGGCUUCAUGCAGCCGCAGGGCCACGUACAGGUCCUCCUCGGCCAGCUCAUCGCGGGCUUGUCGCCGCAGCAGACGCUCGAUGCGCCGCGCGUGUGCAUCAACGCGGGUUUGCCGAGCAAGGAGGCCGAUUUCGACUGGACUGUUAGCGUGGAGGAGGGUAUGCCGGAAGAGACUGUCGAAGGCCUGCGGAAGCUGGGACACAAGGUGGAGAUCAUCACCGGUUCGGAGAGAGGCCACUUCGGCCGCGGUCAGAUUAUCAGGUACCACGUCGACCCCGUCGAGGGCACCGGCGUGUGGUCGGCAGGUAGCGACAUGCGCGGUGACGGCGCGGCGUACCCGGCUUUGUAA